UCACGAUGAUCACGAUGACCACAGUAAUGUUACAAAUGGCUGUCGGAGUGGAGGAUGUGAAGGAGGCUCUUUUAAAUUUUGCUUUGACGGAACUUUCUGAGUCACCAACUAAUCAUGUGUACACUUUUAUUAAAUCUGAAAUGGGAGCACAUCGUCAUCAUAUUUUAACAUCACUGCUUGCAGCAAGGGAUAGCGCAGAAAACAAGCUCGAAGAGAACACUGAACGGCAACAAACACCUGGCGCAAAUUACGAAACUCUUGUAACAUGCAGAGAUUCUGAUUUCAAAACGUAUUUCAGGAUGAACAGAAAUACUAUUCAAAGUCUGACUCGCAUUAUUGGAAAGAGGUUAAUGGCAUCUGCUGAAGCAGUUCAUCCAUUAAUUCCCGUUGAAAAGAAAGUUCUUUUGACAGCAUGGCUCAUGGGCAACAAUCAGUCAUACAUGGCUGCAGCAAAAUUAUUUGAAGUGAGCAAAGGGACUGUUUAUCGAAUAUUCCAUCAUAUUUGUAGUGAAUUGACCAUCUUAGCUGGGAAGUACAUCCAAUGGCCAGACCCAAAUGAGUGUGAUGAAAUAUCAGCCUCUUUUGAAAACAAACACGGUUUUCCGGGCGUUAUCGGCGUGAUUGGUGCUUGCCACAUUGAGAUAAGGGAACCGGAGGCACAAGAAGAAGCCGCUAGAUUUAAGAACGAACAAACGGGACAGUACACCGUUAUCUUGCAGGCAGUUUGUGACGACAGACUGCUGUUUCGUGAUGUGUGUGCCGGAUUCCCCGGACAGACAAGCAAGUUGAGGGUCCUUAUUGGAAGUCCUCUAUAUACUCGACUGUCGAGUCGCACAGACCCUUUGAUUGAGCCUCAUAAACAUAUCCUUGGGAGUUCUGAUUACCCACAGUUAUCAACCCUGUUGACUCCGUACAGCUCGAAUGCCGAUGGACAUCCACUUAGCAAGCAAGAACUGAAAUUCAACAGUCUCCACCAGACAGCCAGGUCUGUAGUAGAAGAAGCUUUUGAAAUGCUGAAGAAGCGGUUUCAGAGAUUGCGGUUUAUUGACGUAUCUCGCACUGAGUUGGCAAGCAAAGUAGUUGUGGCAGCAUGCGUACUACAUAAUUUUGCUCUAAUGCAUGGAGACGAGUUUACAGACGAGCAUUACAAGAACACAGACAAGAAAAUCUGACUUAGUAUGUGCUUCAUGUAGUUAUGUUCAGAGUGUUUUGACAAUGAUGGUGUAAUUACAUAGAAUUUUACUUCUGUAAAACACUUCUAUUUACCACAGCA